AAAAAAAAACCGAAAAGCGCGUCACUUCCCAGUUCUGCAUCUGACGUGUCUCAAACAGUUUUGCAUUGGUGGUGGAUUUUACUCGUUGGGAUUUAUUAUCUAUUGGGCUAAUAUCUGAUACGUGGUGGCAAGAUGCUAGAUUUCUUCACCAUCUUCAGCAAAGGGGGGAUAGUGCUGUGGUGUUUUCAGGGAGCCGGGGUCACUGAAUCCUUCACCGGGCCUGUCAACGCUUUGAUCCGCUCCGUAAUCCUUCAGGAGCGAAGUGGGAACAAUUCAUAUACUCACGAGGCCUUGAGUCUGAAAUACAAGCUCGACAAUGAGUUUGAGUUGAUUUUUGUGGUGGGUUUUCAAAAGAUCCUGACGCUGACAUACGUGGACAAGUUCAUAGAUGACAUUCAGCUUCAUUUUAGGGAUCGUUAUAAGAAUGAGCUGGAGCAAAAGGGGGCAUUGAAGCUAAUCCAAAACAACUUUGAAUUUGAUGAUGACUUUAAGAUGCUUCUCAGAGAGGCGGAGGAGAGCAGCAAAGCUCGGAACCAUGCCACCAUGCGGACCUUUAAGGAGUCUGAGAAAUCUCAAAAAACUGUGAAGUCAAUGAUUGAGACCAAGGGUGGGGAAAAAGUUAAGGAACCUGGUGGAAAGAAGAAUAAAAAUACCAAAAAGGAGUCUCCUGCAGCUGAGCCCGUUAAGGUGGAUCAAGGCAAGGCCUCAUCCUCUGGGCCGAAGGUAGUCGAGAAUGGUAACCAAGGCUUGACUCCUGAGGAGAUCGUUCAGAAGAAUCGAGAGAAAUUUAUUCUCAAGCGCACGAUGGUGCCUACUGCAAAACCCAUUCACAGUAAGUCCCCAAAGCCUCAGAAGCCUAAGGAGAAACAAAUGCGUGUUUGGGGCGAUCGUGGUAGCAGCACCAAGGAGCUGGACUACAGUGGAAGGAAUGGAGAUGGUUCCCAAAAUGGUGGCGAUCAGAACCAGGAAGCACACAUUGACCUGGGGAUGCAGCUAAGCUCCAUGAAGGGUGACCUGCUGUCUGUGGACUAUGAGACCAGCGAGGAAGAGGAGAUGGAGGUUGAAGAAGAGGAGAAAGUGGUUAUCAGUGAAACAAGCAAGACAAGCUCCAAAAAGGGUGGUGGUUUUGGGGGCAUGUUUGGGAUGCUGAAGGGCCUUGUGGGCUCCAAGAGCCUGACCCGGGAGGACAUGGAGUCAGUGCUUGAGAAGAUGAGGGAACACCUCAUUGCAAAGAAUGUAGCAGCUGACAUCUCCUCCCAGCUCUGUGACUCUGUAGCCAAAAAACUGGAGGGCAAAGUCAUGGGCACAUUCACCACUGUGGCCUCAACGGUAAAGCAGGCUCUGCAGGACUCACUGGUGCAGAUCCUGCAGCCCAAGCGAAGGGUAGAUAUUCUGAGAGAUGUCAUGGAGGCGCAGAGCCAGCGAAAGCCUUUUGUCAUUACUUUUUGUGGUGUCAAUGGGGUUGGAAAGUCCACCAACCUGGCCAAGAUCUCUUUUUGGCUGAUAGAGAAUGGUUUCACUGUGCUGAUCGCAGCCUGUGACACGUUCCGUGCCGGAGCCGUGGAGCAGCUCCGCACUCAUCAGCGCCGCCUCAACUCUCUGCAUCCCCCCCAGCAGCACGGAGGACGCCCGGUAGUCCAGCUCUAUGAGAAGGGCUACGGGAAGGAUGCUGCUGGAAUUGCCAUGGAGGCCAUUGCCUAUGCGCGCAACCAGGCCUUUGACGUGGUGCUGGUGGACACUGCUGGGCGUAUGCAGGACAACGCCCCCCUAAUGACAGCACUGGCCAAACUUAUCGCGCUCAACAUGCCUGACCUAGUACUGUUUGUUGGAGAGGCUCUGGUGGGCAAUGAGGCAGUUGACCAGCUGGUAAAGUUCAAUCAGGCUCUGGCAGACCACUCCAUGUCUGACAAGCCUCGCCUCAUUGAUGGAAUUGUUCUCACUAAGUUUGACACCAUCGACGACAAGGUUGGUGCUGCCAUCUCCAUGACUUACAUCACAGGCCAGCCCAUUGUGUUUGUGGGCACAGGGCAGACCUACAACGACCUGCGCAGCCUCAACGCCCGCGCUGUGGUCAGUGCCCUGAUGAAGGCUUAAGUGGCUGCAUGUCCUGCUGUUUAUUCAUCGUCGCAAAGAAGCCAACAAUACCUUUUUGCCACGCUGCCGUGAGAUGUUCCAGCCCUGCUAACCCGUUUCUCAUCCUCCUGCCCGCUCUACUUUGCAUCAAAUGAAGAACUCAUGUCAUGCACAGGACUGUAUUCUGCCAGUAAAGGACAAGUGUGCACUUUGAAAGACAGAACAUUUUGCAACAAAGCCAGAGGGGCGUCCCUUUGAAUCAGUUCUAAACUUCCGGGCCUACACUGAAAAAGUACCUCAGACCAGCCAUUUUUAAACAGUGGUCACAUCCAAAUGACAUUUUAGCUGACUAAAUGGACCUAGGCUUUAAAUGUCACCAGUUCUUUAAAGACUUACAAAAAACAACAACCCUACCUGGCAUUUUGUCAGUCAGUUUUCCCCUCUUCAUGUAAAUGAGGUCAGGUCGUGAAGGCUUGCUGGAUGUGACAUUUCAGCAGCUGCCUGAGGAAAGCUUAGUGACCAUUGUGCCUAAUAAUCCAUUUCCUGUCUUCUUAGUUAACACUUUCACUACAUGGGUAGUUCUCCAUCAAGAGUACCAUGGCAGGUCAGGUCAGUAACCUGUUUACAACAUACAGUCAUAAAGUAGGCAUGAAUAUCAACAUUUAUGAAGUUAGUAGAUGUACUCUCCUAAUCUCUCUAAUCCAAAAAUGGAAUAAUGACAAACUAGUACACACGUUCUGGACUGAUUGUUCUAUGAAAGUUAUCUCCCAGAGCUUCUUGCCUACCUGACACAGUUAACAUAUUUUCAUUACAAAAUGGAGACUUUGAUUCCUGAGUUUAUAGUUGAUGGAAAGUGGAAAGAUAUUUUGUAAAUUGAAUUUUUUUAGUUUUUGCAGGUUGUCCGUAGCUUUUCAGACUACACCGCCUGUGUGGUCUGUGGAAGUUCUGAGCCUUUUUAUUUAUGUUUUCUCCUCUGAUUUACUCUUCAUUUAUAAGAGGAAAUAUAAGUCUUAAAAUAUCUCUAGCCCCCUUUAAUUUGUGGUAGUGCAAUAUACGCGAAUCAAGAGUUAAGACAAUUUGAUCUAAUUUAUGAGAAUGUAAAAAUUUCUAAAUAAAGCUGCUAUAUGCUAUGACCGCC